AUGACAUCCUUUGCUGCUGCGUCCUCGGGAUCCACAUGAAGUCGCGUCUCGCUCUACCCCCGGUGCGAGUAUGCGACUUCGUGUGCAUCUCCAGACGUCGCAGCAGGGACGGAUGACGCACAGCAAAGGGACGGACACCCUUCCUAGAGCCGAUGGGCACUUGUACUCUGUCAAUGCGACUGAUUUGAUCAGUCAGUCAGUCAGUCCAGUUCUUCGAGCGGCCGUGAGUCUACUUCAGGCAGAGGCACGCGGCGUCUCCUCUCCACCUCUGCAGCCGUCAAACACCACUCGCCCUUUUCAUCGCUCUCCCUCUCUCCUCUCUCAUCGGCUUUGUGUGUGUCCUGGCCGGCCUCCUCUUCCUGCUGCUGCUGCUGCUGGUGCGUGUCGGUGCUAGUCUUCUUCUGAGACAGGUAGCUCUUCAUGCUGGCUACCAACGCUGCACGGUGAGGAUCCAUGAGCGGAGGGGCCGGGGAGGGGGCGGGCGAUGGACACGAGACUUCCUCUGCCGCCGCGUCGCGGUUGGUCUCGUCGCCAGCAUUGCCCUCGUUCAAGUCCUCUUCCUCGAUCACGAUCCGUGUGGGCACCUCAACUGAUGGAUGAUGUGUCCCAUUCGUCUCUUCCUUCUCAGCCUCCUCGGCAGUCGGCUCGUCUGCAGCUGCUGGCGCUGUCUCGGUCUCCUCUGUCGGUGGCAAUGGCGAUGGGGCUGGUGGUGGUGGUGCGGUGGAGAGGGCCUCAUCGGUGGCUGUGGUGGUGGGGCGGGUGAGGACGGGUGGUGUCGCUGACGGCGCACCCAUGUCGGUGUCUGUCGACUCAUCCCAACUCUCAGACAGAACUGACCUGAACGGAUGUCACACACAAAUCUGUGUAGGUGUAGAGAUCGAUGUGGUGUGGCAUCGGACCUCUCUCUGCUGUGGUGGUCUGGUUCGAACACUUUCCACCCGGACUGCAGCAGACCUGUCCGCUCGUACUCAUCUCGAGAGGCCGCCUGCGCCUCAGCCUCGCUGUGGGGGAGAAUGGACAGACACGCUGAGACACACGGACGGGUGUCAUUGACUCUGUGUGGCUGUGUACUGGUCGCAUACCGGUCGAUUCUGUCGAGUGCCUUUUUCAUUUUCUCUCUGUGUCUCUCCUGCAUCUCACGGAAGUCGGCCACCAUGCUGCAACUCGCCUCGUCCUGCAACACAUACACGCACACAUAGGCGGAUGAGAUAAUGACGAUUAGCACGGGCUUCUUCUUCAUCUCUGUCCACUGUACCUGUUCCUUUGCAUACAGUCUGCGGGCCUCCCGCUCGGCCUCGAUGCCGCCACGCAGCCAGGCCUCACACGCACGACUGAUGGAGGAGAGAGAUACAUGGGCAGAGAAUGUACUCCCUCUCUGGGUAUGAAUGAGUACAUGUCUCCUUUCUGUGUGUACCGUUCCAGCUCCUUGACAGGGCGGUCAUCGAGGUAGCGCAACUUGUGCAGACCUGAGCACAUCCAUACAUUGCCAUGUCAGUCAAGUCAUCAAACAGUCCUAGGAGUGGGUGGGUUGCCCACCUGCGACAAGUUUCUUGCGAUAGUGUGUCAUUUUGCGUACGGCUGGGUUGCCGUGGAAGUAGAGACACAGCAGCUUGGGCAUGGCACCAAACAGACCCAGACAGGCCUCCUCCAUCGAUGGGUCUGUUGUCGUGGUGGUGCUGAUGAAGGACAGCGCCUGCCCGCCCUCACUCACCACAUCGAUGUAGUUGUGAGACACGUCAACCUGGCACACACACACAUAUUGCGUCUUUGGCGUGCGUGGGUGUGCGUUGGUCGGUGGGCUGCUUACGUUGACGAUAGAUGGGCAUUCGAGCAGUCCCUCGAGGGCCUUGAUUGAUGUGAGGGAGUUGUGCGCAACCUUGAAAUUCUCGAGGGACGUCAGGCACUGAACGAAACACCAAAGAUGCAUUCGUGUGCCGAUGCAACGCACAGAGCCGGGCUCCUGUGGUCUCACAGCGAGGUUCUCGAUGUUGCGAAUUUGGUUGUGCGAGAGGUCCAGCGCCACCAGCUCGGUGCAGUGGUCUAGCCCCUCAAUCCUAUGGAUGUUGUUCUGCUGCAGAUAGCUGCAUACAACCACGCAAACACACACACGACAGACACACAGCGAUGGUCGCUCCAUGCCUGUCUGCGUGUCUGCCUUAAUGUGUGUCUGCGGAUGUCUGUCUCACAGGCAUUUGAGGUUGACGAGUGGCUCCAUGUUCUCAAUCUUGCGGAUGCCAUUGCCCUCCAGAUACAGCGCACGGACCUCGUAAUACUCAUCCAGAUUCAUGAUCUACACAGACAUACACAAUCAUUCAUAAACCACUCAAUCAUGCCCUGACAGAUCCUCCCUGCCUCCGUCGCUCACCUUUUGGAAGCCCUUGAAAUGCAGGUACAGUUUCUCAUUGAGCCAGGGCGUCUCGUAGAGUCCCCUCUCGCGGCACACCUCCCUUAGCGUCUCGGGCGUCAUGGGGUACGACAGGUCAGCCGUGCUCAGGGAUCUCGCACCCGCACUCGCCAGCACCUUCCUCACAUCCAAUGACGCGCUGUGGCUCUUGCGAUAACUGCCGUGCCCAGUGCCGUGCUGUGCGGGCGCUGCUGCAGCGCCAUUGACAGUGGAGUGGUCCUGGGGUCGUUGGGCCUCUUCCGGGUGGUCAGCAUCGUCGGGAAGAAAGCUGCUCAUGGUGACGAGCACGUGAGACGGAGAUGUGGGGCCGAGACGGCAACACCGUGGAGAAAAGAAAGAGGCACAAAAACGAGGGUGCAGGAAGAUCUUACCCUUCUUCGAUGGGGGCUACUGCUGCUCCUGCUGCUGGCUUCUGGCGUUUAUUCGCUCCCCCGACCGACUGCGAGCUGAAAGGCGUCUGUCUGCCUUUCUUAUAGGUACGCAAUAACAAAAGAUGUCGGUCACUUGAACGACCUCGA